CCAUAUAAUGAAAAUGAGUCAACUUAAUAAUAAUUCUAUGGACCAACUUCUUGCGGAAAUGUGUAAACAUGUUUCGAGUCUUCAGGACAAAUUACAGGUUGCUGAUUCUGCCGCUAAUAAAGCACAUUCAAUUACUGAAGGGAUUACCCAAGCUAAGGAGUAUCAAGAAAAAGUCGCUUCUUUAAAUUCUUGUUGGAGGACCAAAAAUCGAUCUCAACUUGUUGGCAGUCUGCAACAAGAGAAUCGUCAAAUUGUUGCUUUGGGAGAAGAAAACAAACAAUUAAAGUUUGCUUUAAAAGAAAUGGAGGAUGGAAUGCAUUUAAUUAUGAGUGACUAUCGCCGGGUCCUUUCAGGAUUUUUGCGUGUUGAAAAUUUGGAUCAGGCUGUCUGUUCAAAGACUAACAACACUUAUUUUGCUGGUGUAGACCAUAAGGACUACAUUGGAAUGGCUAGGGCAGCUGGGAAAUACAUGGCGGUCACUGAACAGUCAAUGGCUGGGGAUAAGGCGGUAAGUUUUUUGUAG